AUGGGUCGUCAAAAUCCAGGGAUAGAGAAAAAGACAGGGACAGGGAUCAUCACAGGGAUAGAGAUCAAGGAAGGGACAGGGACAGAGAGAGGGAACGGGAUCGCCACAACAGACAUCAUCGGGAUAGGAAGGAACACCGAGACUGUCCUAACAACCAUGAUUAUCACAGAGGCCGUGAUUCUGAAAGGAGAAGAGACCGCGAAAGAGAUGGCCACAGGAGGCAUCGUUCUCGAUCAAGGGGCAGGGAUCGCAGAUCUUGAUCUCGUUCUCGUUCAAGAAGGCAUAACAGGCUCUUCUUUUACUGGCAUGUUUCCAAACAUGCUCCUUCCUUUUGGUGUUGGUGUUGGUGGACAGUUCAAUCCCCUUGUCAUCCAGCCACAAGCAAUGACUCAACAGGUUUCAAUAAACAAUGUGCCAACAUCCUUGUCUAUCAGGCUACUCGUCAUGCUCGGCGUGUUUAUGUUGGUGGCCUUCCUCCAUCUGCUAAUGAACAGACAGUGGCAGUUUACUUUAAUCAAGGUCAUGGCUGCUAUUGGAGGAAACACUGCUGGUCCAGGCGAUGCUGUUCUUAAUGUCUACAUAAACCAUGAUAAGAAAUUUGCUUUUGUGGAAAUGAGAUCUGUCGAGGAAGCAAGCAACGCAAUAGCCCUGGAUGGCAUUUUGUUUGAAGGGGCGCCAGUGAAGCCAAGCCCCAAUCUGAAUCUUUCUGCAGUUGGCCUAACAGCAGGAUCUGCUGGAGGGUUAGAAGGUCCAGAUCGUAUUUUUGUGGGUGGCCUUCCCUAUUACUUCACUGAAGCUCAAGUUCGGGAGUUGCUUGAAUCAUUCGGUCCUCUAUGUGGAUUCGAUCUUGUGAAGGAUAGGGAAACAGGUAACUCAAAGGGCUAUGCAUUCUGUGUUUACCAGGACCUCAAUGUCACUGACAUUGCUUGCGCUGCUCUAAAUGGUAUCAAGAUGGGGGACAAAACCCUUACUGUCAAACGAGCAAACCAGGGAGAGCAGGAAAGUAUCCUAUUACAGGCACAGCAACAGGUGCAGUUACAGAGUUGCUCUUGUGAACAGAAACUUGUGUAUCAAGUUGGAGCACUGCCUACAAAGGUUGUUUGUCUCACCCAGGUGGUAAGUGCAGAUGAAUUGAAAGAUGAUGAAGAUGGACAGCCAGUUGCAGGAGUUGGAAAGAUGUUGAUGGUGCUGCCAAAGCAAAGAUGGCAUUGCAUGGAAGGAAAUUCGGUGGGAACCCCGUGGUUGCGGUUUGCUAUGCGGAGGACAAAUUUGCCAAUGAGGAAUACAAUGGAUAAAUACUGGCCCACCAUUAUCUUUUGCCUACAUGUUUGUAAUCAUAAUGAUGAAAGAUUUCUUACCAACGCUGAAUGCGUCGUGUUAGCCCUGGAUUUAUGCUGA